CGAAGCCGCUGCAUCGUCAACGAUGGCUGCGUGCAGUAAUGGGUCUCAUUCUUGUUGGGAUGGGCACCUAUUCCCUCUUCCGGAGCUUCACUGGUAUAAUACAAAUGCAACCAGCCGCGCGCAAUACCUCACUGGACGACUUUGAGGCAUGCUCGAUUGACAAUUUCCGUGGAACGGGAUACCCCUUCCUUGACACCGCUGUUCCAAUGACGGUGGAAGACUUCGAAGAUCGCCGCGACCGCUUGGCGCAGGCCCUCGUGGCCGACGAUGUGGAUGCUUUUGUGGUUGAGCCGGGAUACACAUUCAAAUACUACGCCAACAUCAGCCAACCUGAAUGGGAAGUUUGGGAGCCAGAAGAGCGCCCUUUCCUGCUCGUGGUGCAACCAGAGCAUCUUCCCUCGGGCAAAGUCAAAGCCAAGUCGUCGUUCCUCUGUCCGUCGUUCGAAGCGGAGCGGGCACGACUUCUAGGGAUGCCAUUCGCUGAGGCGAUCGAUAUCAUCCCGUGGGAAGAGCACUGGAAUCCGUAUGAGACGCUCAAAACUGCCGAGACAUUCUCGCGCCUUCGGGGCACACCGCGUCUAAUGGUCGAUGAAGAGAUGCGGGAUUUCAUUCAGCGUGGGCUCGGUCGGGCUGGAUUCCACGUGGUUGGUCUCCAGGGCGAGGUGGAGCGGGUGCGGCAGAUCAAAUCGGAGAAGGAGAUUGGAAUCCUGAGAGCAGUGAAUACAGGAACAGUGGAGGCGGUCCGGCAAAUGAGAAAGUGUCUGUCUCCUGGGCUGACCGAAAGCGAGAUCGCACGCGUAUUGGAUAAGACUCUCCUUUCCGCGGGAUUGGAACCAUUUUUCGACAUUGUGUUAUUUGACGAGAAUGCCGCGAAUCCUCAUGGUGGAACCAAUGGGUCAAAGGUGUUGGGCGCGGAGACGUUCGUCUUGAUAGACGUUGGGGCCCAUCUGAUGGGUUAUUCGUCUGACAUCUGUCGCACAUUCUUUCCUCCUUUCCUAGAACGACCGGUAUCUGAUGCUGCUGUACCAGAUUGGAUGAAAGAGAAGCUCGAUGUUUGGGAUAUCGUUUUCGAAGCGCAAACCAAGUCUAUCGACCGAUUUAUCGUCAAUGCCACGGCGGCUAGUGUGGAUAUUGCCGCUCGUACUGUCAUCAGUGCAGCGGGAUACGGCGAUGCGUUUACCCACCGCGUCGGACACGGGAUUGGCAUUAAGGCGCAUGAGAGUCCAUACCUCAACAAGGGUAACCAUGAGACGGUUCUCCGAGCGGGGAUGACCUUCACCUCCGAGCCGGGUGUGUACCUGGUAGACAAGUUUGGAGUCCGCCACGAGGACAUCUUUCUAGUGCGGGAUAAUGAUACUGCGGAAUUGUUGACAGGACAGCGAGCCAUCGGUCCAUGGGAUCCAUGA